AUGGCAAACAAGGCUUAUUUGGAAUUUGCAGAGGUUGGGAAGCCUGAAGGUCUCUCGAAUUCGUCUCAGGUUGCAGAUAGAGACUCCCCCCCUCAAGUCUGGAUUGUACCUCCAACAGGUAUUACAAAGAUAAACUACGAUGCUGCUCUCCCGCAAGACAAUGCAAAGGGUGGUCUGGGAUUGGUUUUGCGAGAUCAUGCUGGAGAACUGCUGGCUGUUCGUGCUGCUCUGCGGCUGGCUCUUGAGUUAGGUCUCAAGCAGGUUCAAGUUGAGUCGGAUUGUAGAGAGGCUGUGAACUAUAUCUUGGAUCACUCGUGUAUAGCCCCUAUCGAUUCAGCUGUGGUGCUUGGUGAUAUUUGGAAGCUCUCUACUUCCUUUUCUUCUAUUUCUUUUCACUGUAUUUCUAGGGCUAUUAAUGGUGUUGCCGAUGCCCUAGCCAGGAAAGCCCUGUCAUUGGUGUGUUUGAUAGAUUGGCCUCUUUCUACUCAGUGGCUUCAUGAGCUCUGUUCUCGUGAAGCUGCUGCUUGUACACACCCCCUUUCUCAGUAA